AUGCUCCCCCCAUCAGACAGCAAAGAUCCCCGGCCCUGGCAGAUCCUGAGCCAGGCGCUCGGCUUCCCCAAUUACGACCAGGAACUGUGGUGGCAAAACACGGCGGAGACGCUCAACCGCGUCCUCGAACAGUGCGAUUACAGCGUGCAUCUGCAGUACAAGUACCUCGCCUUCUACCACAAAUACAUCCUGCCCAGUCUGGGCCCCUUCCGCCGCCCGGGCGUCGAGCCCGAGUACAUCAGCGGCCUCUCCCACGGCGGCCAUCCGCUGGAGAUCAGCGUCAAGAUCGACAAGUCCAAAACGAUCUGCCGGCUCGGAUUGCAGGCGAUCGGGCCGCUCGCCGGCACCGCGCGCGACCCGCUCAACAGCUUCGGCGACCGUGAACUCCUCAAGAAUCUCGCGACGCUGCUGCCGCACGUCGACCUGCGCUUGUUCGACCACUUCAACGCGCAGGUCGGGCUCGACCGCGCGCAGUGCGCCGUCGCCACCACCAAGCUCAUCAAGGAGAGCCACAACAUCGUCUGCACGUCGCUCGACCUCAAAGACGGCGAGGUCAUUCCCAAAGUCUACUUCUCCACCAUCCCGAAGGGGCUCGUCACCGAAACGCCGCUGUUCGACCUCACCUUUGCGGCGAUCGAGCAGAUGGAGGUAUACCACAAAGACGCGCCGCUGCGGACGGCGCUGUCGUCGCUGAAGGACUUUUUGCGCCCGCGCGUGCCCACCGACGCCAGCAUUACCCCGCCCCUGACCGGCCUCAUCGGCGUCGAUUGUAUCGACCCCAUGCUGUCCCGGCUGAAGGUGUACCUGGCCACCUUCCGCAUGGACCUGUCCUUGAUCCGCGACUACUGGACGCUGGGCGGCUUGCUGAAAGACGAGGGCACGAUGAAAGGCCUGGAGAUGGUGGAGACGCUGGCCAAGACGCUGAAGUUGGGCGAUGAGGCCUGCGAGACGCUGGACGCGGAGCGUCUGCCGUUCGGUAUCAACUAUGCCAUGAAGCCGGGGACGGCUGAGUUGGCGCCGCCCCAGAUCUACUUCCCGCUGCUGGGGAUUAAUGACGGGUUCAUUGCGGAUGCUCUAGUGGAAUUCUUCCAGUACAUGGGCUGGGAGGACCAGGCGAGUCGGUACAAGGAUGAACUCAAGGCGAAAUUUCCCAAUGUGGAUAUCUCGCAAACCAAGAACGUCCAUCGCUGGCUGGGAGUGGCGUACUCCGAGACCAAGGGACCGUCGAUGAACAUUUACUACGAUGUGGUUGCGGGAAAUGUCGCACGUGUGUGA